GUUCCUCAUGAAAGUCCAGCUUUGUUGAAUUCAGAGUUUGAUGAAUUAUCACUUAUUUGGGGAAAACCACGCCAACCCCCUCUAGGGUUUGAAGAGUGGAUUACUUUUUUGGACUCUGAAGGACGAGUUACAGACUUAAAGGCUUUGAGAAAGAGGAUAUUUUAUGGUGGACUUGAUCACAAAUUACGAAAGGAGGUUUGGGGUUUGCUGUUGGGUUACCAUUCACAUGAUUCAACAUAUGCUGAGAGGGAAUAUCUGAAGUCUCUCAAGAAGUCAGAGUACGAGACAGUUAAAAACCAGUGGAAGAGCAUUUCGUCAGCACAAGCUAGAAGAUUCACAAAAUUCAGGGAAAGGAAGGGCCUUAUAGAGAAAGAUGUGGUAAGGACGGACAGAUCAAUUGGUUUCUAUGAUGGGGAUGACAAUCCAAAUGUGAAUGUUCUACGAGACAUACUAUUGACAUAUUCAUUCUACAACUUUGAUCUUGGUUAUUGUCAGGGUAUGAGUGAUCUUCUGUCCCCUAUCUUAUAUGUAAUGGAUGAUGAGUCAGAGGUUUGGGUGUUCGUUGCUUUAAUGGAACGUCUUGGACCCAACUUUAAUCGUGACCAAAAUGGCAUGCAUUCUCAACUUUUUUCUAUAUUGCAGUUGGUGGAGUUGCUAGAUGGUUCUUUACAUAACUAUUUCAAGCAGCACGACUGUCUGAAUUACUUCUUUUGUUUCCGCUGGAUUUUAAUUCAAUUUAAAAGGGAGUUUGAGUACGAAAAGACUAUGCGAUUAUGGGAAGUCUUGUGGACACAUCAUCUAUCAGAGCAUCUGCAUCUGUAUAUGUGCGUAGCAAUCUUGAAACGUUACCGUAAUAAAAUAAUAGGAGAGGAGAUGGACUUCGACACACUGUUGAAGUUCAUAAAUGAGCUAAGUGGUCAAAUUGACCUUGAUGCAACUCUCAGAGAUGCCGAGGCUCUCUGCAUAUGUGCUGGCGAGAACGGCGCGGCCUGUAUACCGCCCGGAACACCUCCCUCACUGCCAAUUGAUGAUGGCUCGUUAUACUCUCAGCAAGAUGAUGAAGUAUUGUGAGUGAAUAAAUCACUUUAUACAGAAUUAUCUCGGUGAUGACCAUCAAUGUCGUGCUUGCUUCUAUGUGUAAUUAUUGAUUCUGUAGUUGAGAUGAUUUUGACAUGUUAUAGUGCAUUUUUUAAUGAUUCCUUUCAUAUGUACUUGAUGGCUGAUUUCCUUGACCCAUGUUAUUGUUAAUCUGGGAGCUAGGUGGAAUGUUCUUUUCAA